CUCACUUUGAGGCAAAUCGUGAGAGUGAUGUAAUGAUGAUAGCAGCAUUCUGUCACCGUAAUACAUAUUAUGUGUGAAAUGAAAUCUUCUCUAGUUCUUACUGUGCACAAUAUAUAAAUGAGACACAUUCAACCUUUGUAUUGAUUGUUCAGAAUAUAUUCCCCUUGAGCAUCUUCUAGCAUCUUUGCUAUAUCUACGCACUAACAACAAAAAACGAAUAUCAAUAUCUUUCCACCCUCUUAACAUCCUAAACGCCAAACCAAAUACAAGAAAAAUGCCUAGCUCUGCAGGAACCAAGGUCACUUCUGACCCCGAGCGCUUCGAGAACCCCACUCUGGAGAAGCCUGGAACUGUUGUUUCAGACUCUCUUGCUGGCGAGAGCGUCCGCGGCGGCGGCUCUUUUGCCUCGAACCCUUCUGCGAACCCGUCCGGCGUGAAUGCCGCAUCCACCACCGCCAACACCACUGAUACCUCUGCCGCGACGAAGCUUGAUGCUGCGCCCUCCGCCGGGUCUCGCCAGACUCAAAGUGGCUCGCAGCAGACAUCUCAGUCAAAGGGUCCCCAGAACGUGGGAACUGCCCCUUCGUCCAUAGCGGUUGAUUUUGCUACUGGCGAGACUAAGCCCAAGGGAGUGAACUUGAGAGAGGGUGGCUUUGACAGCGAUUCGAAGUAUAACGCCAGUUUCACCUCCGAUAUUGGCGGUAAGAAUGAUCCUGGUAGACUGGCUGAAGCCAAGUUCCAGCGUGCCGCCGCCGAGAGUGGCCCUGAUGCUGCUGGCGGACCGCGCCAGAAGGGCGUCAGUGGCGAUGGCCAGUAUGACGCUCUGAACUCCGACCAGGCUGCAUAAUUUCUAUGUAUUUUUAUAUUUUCUUUUUUUUACGAUGUUUACGCAGCGGGUUUCGCUUUCUGCUUUCUGUUUUGAUUAUUUAGAAACGGGGCAUUGUAGAUAAUCAUGAAAAGCAUAAUGCACAGAUCAGUUG